AUGAAGGAUGAAGAUGAUAUGGAGCAGCAAAGAGACAACAUAUUUCAUACUAGAUGCCAUGUACAAGUACCAAUGCAUGCUGGACAUAUCCUGUUAGAUAGACCAUGGCAAUUUGAUAGGAAAGUCUCACAUGAUGGCUUUCUUAAUAGGUAUUCAUUUGUGAAAGAUGGGAGGAAAGUUACCCUAACACCUCUUUCUCCCAAGGAAGUGUAUGAUGAUCAAUGUAAAAUUGAAAAAGAGAAAGUAGAGGCUGAAAAUGCAAAGAGCAUACUUGUACCACCUAAAAGUGGUAAGGAUAAUGGAAUUGAGCCUAGUGAGAAACCCAAGGUGAAAAAGAGUAGUUUCUUGGCUACGGAAAGUGAUAUUAGAGAGUUUGUUGAUUUGGUGCAAGAGUUUGAUGAUGUGUUUCCUGAAGAGAUGCCGAGUGGUUUACCAUCUAAAAGAGGAAUAGAACAUCAAAUAGACUUCGUGCCAGGGGUUGCCAUACCAAAUAAACCAGCCUAUAGAAGCAAUCCAGAGGAGACAAAAGAGCUCCAAAGACAAGUCGAUGAGCUGAUGUUGAAAGGGUCAUUAAAUGCACAUGUCAUGCAUGUUAGGGCUGUUUUAGAUGUUCUUCAAAAAGAGAAGCUUUAUGCUAACCUUAAGAAGUGUAGUUUUUGUUUAGAUAGUGUCAAUUUUCUUGGUUUUAUUGUUGGUAUGCAUGGUUUGGAGGUGGAUAGUGAAAAGGUAAAGGCUAUUCAAGAAUGGCCGAGACCUACUAAUGCUAAGUCUAAAUUAAAACCCCAUGGUUUGUAUGCAUCUUUACCUGUUCCUGAAAUGCCAAGGGUUGACUUGUCUAUGGAUUUUGUGUUUGAAUUGCCUAGAACAAGGAAAGAUAGAGAUAGCAUUUUUGUUGUUUUGGAUCGUUUCAGUAAGAUGGCUCAUUUCAUUCCUUGUCACAAAACAGAUGAUGCAUGUCAUAUUACUGACUUAUUCUUUCGGAAAGUUGUGCGUCUGCGUGGUAUACCUAGAACUAUUAUUAGUGAUAGGGAUGUGAAGUUCUUGAAUCAUUUUUGGCAUGUUCUUUGGGCUAAAUUAGGUACUAAGUUCCUAUUUUCUACUAUUUGUCAUCUUCAAACAGAUGGCCGAACUGAGAAUGUUCAUAGCACUACACAUACUUCACCAUUUGAGAUAGUCUAUGGUUUUAAUCCUUUGACUCCUAUUGAUUUAAUUCCUUUUCCUAAUAACAAUCUUGUGAGUGAUGAUGGUGUUUCUAAGGCAGAUUGGGUAAAGACCAUGCACAAGCAAGUGAAGGAAAGGAUUGAGAAGCAAAAUAUAAGGACAGACGAGAGGGUGAACAAGGGGAAACGGUUGGUUGUGUUCAAGCCUGGUGAUGAUAUUGAGCUUGAUUCGAGGACGAAUCAUCCUAAUGAAGGAGGGAAUGUUAUGGACAGAUCAAGCUUAAAGCAUAAAGAUAAUGGGCUUUAUGAAGAGGACCAACAAACAAGGAAGGGUAGGAUUGUCAAUGAUGGGUUGGACUUGCCACGAGGUCCAAUAACAAGGUCUAGAGCCAAGAAGCUACAACAAGCCUUAAAUGGCUUCUUCCAAGUAUGGGCCAACAAAGAAAGUCCAUUUGAAGGUCCAGGGCCCAUAACCAUUGGAGAGCAUCAAGAUUAG